CUUCCUUCAAACACGUGUUUCACUGGGACAAUAGUGAGUGGCGCACACUUCCUUCGCCCGGCCACAGAAGACAAAAAAGAGUUGCUGGUGUAACAAUAGGAAGAAUAUAUUCCACUCCUCUCUUGUACACGCGGCUUAUGAGAUGAACGCUCGUCAAGAAGAACGUCCCCUUCAGCAGCAGGAGGAUCCACAGCCCCCUCACAUUAAAGAGGAAGAGGAGGAAGUGUGGAUCAGUCAGGAGGGAGAGUGUCCUGUAGGGCAGGAGGAGGCUGAUGUCAGCAAGUUUCCACUGACUGUUGUCUCUGUGAAGACUGAAGAGCAUGAAGACAAACCACCUGAGUCCUCACAGCUUCAUCACAGUCCAAACGUCCAGCAGGUGUCAGCAGAGAGUCAUGAAGAGAUUCCCUCCAAGCAGCAGGAGUGGAGCUCCAGUGUGGGACAGAAGGAGCUACAGGCCACCUCCCACAUUAAAGAAGAAGAGGAGGAACUGUGGAAGCAGCUUCAAAUGUUGGUGGAGGAUAAUGAUGAAGAUGAAGCUCAGUCCUUACAGCUUCAUCACAGUCAAAGUGAGGAGAAUAUAGGGGCGGAGCUUGUAAGUCAACACAUCACAGAAGCUGAUGGAGAGCAUUGUGAAGAUAUAAAGUCAGAACCAGACAGCAUCUUUGCUCCACUGUCAGACAUGGACCACAUGAUGUCACAGUCUUCUGAUCACAGUGACCACAUCCAAAAACCUUUGGAGAGUAAAAAUGACUCUGAAGGUGAUACGAGACAUCACACUAACAACAAACACUUGGACUGCUCUGAAUGUGGGAAAUCAUUUAGACAGAAGAGUCGUUUUACAGUACACAUAAGGAUACAUACUGGAGAGAAACCUUUUACUUGCUCUGUUUGUAAGAAGAGUUUCUCCACAAAGCAACAAAUGACCUCACACAUGAGAACACACACUGGAGAGAAACCUUUUGCUUGCUCUUUUUGUAGGAAGAGUUUCUCCAGAAAUCUUGACGUGACCACACACAUGAGAACGCAUACUGGAGAGAAACCUUUUACUUGCUCUGUUUGUAAGAAGAGUUUCUCAAGAAAACAUUUCAUGACCACACACGAGAACACAUACUGGAGAGAAACCUUUUACUUGCUCCGUUUGCAGGAAAAUUUUCCCCAUAAAGCAACACAUGACCACACACAUGAGAACACACACUGGAGAGCAACCUUUUGCUUGCUCUGUUUGUAGGAAAAGUUUCUCAAUGAAGCCUGCCUUGACCACACACAUAAGGAUACAUACUGGAGAGAAACCUUUUACUUGCUCUGUUUGUAAGAAGAGUUUCUCCACAAAGCAACAUAUGACCACACACAUGAGAAUACAUACUGGAGAGAAACCUUUUACUUGCUCUGUUUGUAAGAAGAGUUUCUGCAGAAAGCCUGACAUGUCCACACACAUGAGAACACACACUGGAGAGAAACCAUUUAGUUGCACUGUGUGUAAUAAGAUGUUCCGGUAUAAGUAUCAGGUCAGUAAACACAAGUGUGUAACAGUCAUGGAAGCUGCAGGGAUUUAAAAACACUUAAACAGUGAUUGUGCUAAAUGUACUUUAAAAACACAGCAUGUUUAAAGGCCUACUGAAAGCCACUACUAGCGACCACGCAGUCUGAUAGUUUAUAUAUCAAUGAUGAAAUAUUAACAUUGCAACACUUGCCAAUACGGCCUUUUUAGUUUAUUAAAUUGCAAUUUUAAAUUUCCCGCGAGUUUCUCGUUAAAAAAACGCCGCGGGAUGAUGACGCGUAUGCCUGACGUCACGGACUGUCAGGAAAUAUUAGGUUGCACUACUAGCGGCUAAAAGUCGUCUGCUUACACAAUAUUUUGGACAUCUGUGUUGCUGAAUCUCUUGCAAUUUUUUUUCAUUUAAUGAUGGAGACUAUAAAUAAUAAUGCGGUGGGUGGAUUGCAGCUGUCUUUAGCACCGAGACACAGCUGGUGUUUCUUUGUUUGUUGUGAAGCUUUAACACAGAGCGGUCAAACGAACAUGUUUUCUCUCCGUCAACCAGCAUGUUUUUGGAUGGGAAAAUGGUGAUAUAUAUCUAACAUGAGACAUCAGUGGAUUAUUUGUCGUCUUGUAGCAGCUGUCAAAAAAGGCAGCUGUGAGCUUGGCUCCUCGGCUUCUCUCUGAGACACUGCGUGUUCACCGCAGCCGUCCAACCUCGAGGUAUAACUUUACUAUCUUUAAAAUCUCACUUAAACACUAUUAAAACAAUAAGCAGAUAAGGGAUCUUCCAGAAUUAUCCUAGUAUAUGUGUCUAAUUACAUCUGAAACGCUCACACUGCCGCCGCCCGGAGCCGUCGCUUUUUUUUUUAUUAUUUUUUUUUUAUUCUAGUCCUUCACUAUCAAUAUCCUAAUUCACAAAUAUUUCAUUCUCGCUCAAAUUAAUGGGGAAAUUGUCGCUUUUCCGGUCCAAAUUGCUCUUACUGCUGGUGGCUCCCAUUAUAAACAAUGUGAAUAUGUGUGGAGCCCUACAACCCGUGACAUCACGAGCACAUCGUCUGCUACUUCCGGUACAGGCAAGACUUUUUCUAUUAGCGACCUAAAGUUGUGAACUUUAUCCUUGAUGUUCUCUACUAAAUCAUUUCAGCAAAAAUAUGGCAAUAUGGUGAAAUGAUGAAGUAUGACACAUAGAAUGGAGCUGCUAUCCCCCUUUAAAUAAGAACAUCUCAUUUCAGUAGGCCUUUAAAAUGAAUGUAUAUUUGAAGUUGUAUGUAGUGUUUCUCAUCUUCUACUGUUAUAUGUUGGCCUGUAGUUACUUUUUUAGUUGUGUGCAUGUAUUAAAUAUUAAAUAUGUAGCUAAUAUUUUUUUUUCUUCUCAUCUUUGAAGACAGGACAUUUUAAUAUUUUCAUUUGUUUUUGUGUCUUAUAAAAUCUCCCCAAAAAUUACCAUUGCAUAUUAUUGAUGUUAUUAUCCAAUUGUAAGUAGGAAUGAAUAACAUUGUUAACAAAAUGUGGACUCUGGUAGAUGAGCAGCAUUGUUACAUCAUGGUUGAUAACUACUGCAAAACAUCAACAAAGAUGAAAAAGUCUGAAGUUAGCAACACAUCACUGAACUUUAGAGUCAUCGUGAGUGGAGUUGCUUGUUUAUUCAUCAAUAAAUGCAAUUGGAAUGUAGAAAAAGUACUUUAGAGUUGCAAUGCAUACAGAGAGGACAUAUGUGCCAUUUAGUGUUUUACACUGCAGCAUCUAUUCAAGCAGCAAGCAGCAAGCAGCAGCACAUUUACUGCUGAGAGACAGACUCAGCUGCACACAUUUCAUUUAGAAAAGAGUAAGGUUGGAAACUUCUCUUGUUGCCGUAUUUGUGUUUAAUCUUAGUAAAUGUUGGGGGAGAUUUUCAUUGAACAAAACAGUUUUUUAGUAUUUUAUUUUGAA